UUGUUCCAUCGUCAGUCUGUGUCGAACCUUCAGCGCGCGCGCACGUCGCUUUGCGCCGCCAACUCCGCGCCUUACUGUCAACGUGCCGUUAUAGUGUUUCAUAAUAGUUCUGUGAUUGUUUAUUUUUUAAUUGCAUCGCAAUUUUGGACCUGAACAUCAGACGACGAAAGAGAUAACGAACGUGCCUUCAUGCAUCUGUGAAGGAUUACUGUAUGGAAGACAACAUAUACUAUAACGAGAAACGAGACAAAGAUGUGACGAAGUUUUCCCGCCAGAACGAAAUCCGCCAUCUUGUGUUAGAAAACCAAUCUUAAUUUAAAAUGGCGCUAUUUUGGUUCGCACUAGUUUGCGCGCUCGCGGCUGCGCAGGCGCAGUCCAACUAUGGAUCACAAGCGAACGACAUCGCGUACCAGGGGGAGGGCUUGCCGGAGCAAACCGUGCUUGAUGGAAAGGUCACAAAGCUCGACGACCUAAGUCCUGUGAUAUUCCUAAAUCGAACUAGAGCGGCGCUGAACUGUGCUGCAGGUUCUAUGCAGAUCGAAUUAAAAUUCAACGAGAAAUUCUAUGGGAUAGCAUACGCUGAUUUCGACCGAAACUCCGCCUGCCAAGUGGCCGGGAAGGGCGCUACGUCGUACAAACUGGAGCUACCUUUAAAGGGAUGUGGCACCAAACAGGAUCCCCUUCGCGUGUUCACCAACAACAUAGUGGUGAGGUUCCAUCCUGGUCUGGAGAUGGACGGUGAUGAAGUGAUCACCAUUGUGUGUAGAUACCCACCACCCAUCGUCGCUAUCAACGAACCUUUGCUCGCUACGAACGAAGUACCAGGGCCACUGCCUGCCAAAGCUCCCCUCGCCGGCACCCACAUUCUGAUGAUCAUCUGUGCGAUUCUCUUCCUGACUCUUCUCCUUUUGGGUCUGGGGGUGUCGUACUUGUGUCUGAGAAGACGCGCUUUGCCAGCGCCUAGACGGUUGAUUGAUGAUUCUUCUGCUUCCAUUAUUAGUCGGGAGAGUAUUCAAGAGGUGAAGAUCCCUCGCGCGCACCCCGUGUACCCCGCAGCGGAGAGCGCGAGCGUAGCAUCAGACACCAUCCCGUCUGACUAUCCUUCAGAGACGCCGAGCGAAGCAGAGCACGCUCACGCCAACGCUGGCUUUAUGAUCGAUGAAUAUCAGAGUGAAGGCUACAACGAGUCUCACGAGCGCUCGCGGGCCGCAGGUGCGGCGCCGGCGUUCGACGUGCGCGUCCGCGUGCAGCGCCCGCCCGCGCCGCCCUCGCCGCAGUCCACCAUCACCACUACGGAAGUUGACGGCGGUAGCAUGAGACAAACGCUAAUAGAAGAGCACGAGCGGCAAGAGUCUGUGCGCACGGUGUCGCCGGGCGCGCUGCCGCUGCCGGCGCGCGCGGCGCACGCGCAGCCGCCCGAGCGCCCGCCGCGACCGCCGCUCUACACUGAGGUGCAGCGCGAGAGACAGGAGUGGGCCCGUCGGCCGCGGUCCAUAGUGUCACUCAACACUGAGAUGACUGACACGCACUCUGUCACUGAAGUGACAGACGGGUCACAUGCGAGAAUGUUCCAUAUUAAGAAGCCACCUCCACCGCCUCCCAUCAUGAGGGAGCGCUUGGAGACGGAAGAACAGGAGACGCUGAUGGAGAGCCUCGAACCCAUGCCAGAAACGCCUAUCAUGCCUGCCAGAAAACCGGAGAUAACAUCUCACGUAGUAGAUGACGUGUUCCUCCGCACCAUAACCGAGAAGAAGACCAUAGAGGACAUAGAGCGACACAAGCGGCUGGUGACGGAGUACCAGCAAGUGCCUCCACCACCACCGCACUUCGAUGUGACGAUCCGGAACCAUACGAUGCCGGACUCGCACUGGGAGAACUUCUCGGAUAUCAGCUCGGCGUCCGGGAUGACGCUGACGCCGAAGAUGGAGAGGGUACCCAUGUCGUUGCCGCCUCAGAAGUUUAUUGGAAAAGGUGGUCCAGACCUCUUCUCCCCAGAGCUAAUCAAGCAAACGACCACCACGUACCAGACCUCGUCUCCCGACCUACCACUGCUGCCAGAGCUACCUCCAGCGAGGAAUCCCCUGUUCAGAGAGGAGGAUGACGAUGAUGUACCGGAACCUACUCCCGCACCACCUGUACCUCCUAACUGGAGUGUGUUGACUAGAGUUUUGAAGACGGAGGCGCAGGAUGAGGUUCUAUCAGAAACCGAGCGCUCAUACCGGCUGACCCGCUCGGAGCGGCUCCGCUGGCGCGAGCUGAUCACGCACGAGAGCACGCUGCGGCGCGAGCUGGCGCGUUCGUCCACGCGCGAGGACUUCACGCGACUGGCGCGCGACCAGCGGUUCGCGCCCUUAUAUACCCCACCGAAGUGGGAGGUCAUCAUACGGAUACUGGCGCCGCCGCCGGAUAAACCGAAGAACCGUUACCGCAAGAAGACCGAGUGGGACUCGCGAUCCCGGCGCAGUUCGCUGCCGACUCUGUACGAGUACGACAGCGACGCGACCUCGCUGCGGGAGCCGCGCUCGCGCCGCUCCUCCUACCGGAGCGAUCAUGUGGAUAUGAGGUCGAUGUCAGAGAUGAUGGUGGAGUACGCGCGCGAGCGGGCGGACACGCACUCGGAGGUGUCGGCGGGCACGCUGCUCGGCCGCUACUACGACGACGACAGCGACUCGGAACAUCAGUACGGCCAGAAUCCUUCGUGGCGCAACUCGCUGCACCGCUCUGUGAGUCAGCCGUCGCUCGCGCGCUCCGCCACCGAAGUGACGGAACAGUGGACUGUACCGGACGGUGACGUCACGCCCACGCCCGGACGCCGGAUGAGAGGACCACAAGGAUUGACGACUUUCACAUCAUCUGAAGUUCGGACAUUCCAAGCGACGAGAGAGUGGCGGGAAUAAACGCAACUGCCAAAUUAAUUUCCGAACGAAUAAUAAUACUCUUGCACCGACAGGCAAUAUUUUAAUAGAAAGUCACGAAAGUUAGAAGAAGUCACGCAAAAAAAAAGUUUUCGGAUAUUGUUAUUUAGUUAUCAUAGACAUGGUUUUUUUCAAAUCUCAUAGAACACAAAAACAAACUAGUAUUGUAUUCGUAAAGACAAAACAAUGAAUGCUAUUCAUAUAAAUAACAAAACAUUAUUGAGAAUAACUAUAGACAAAUAUAUCUAUGGUAUAAAUGAGAACUCUAUGGUUGGUAUGGCUGUCUAUGGUUUGUAAUAUAUCACCUGGUGUGGCUGAUAUUAUGACAAGCUCAUUUCUUUGUGAUAGUCGAUCACUGCCUAUAUAUGACAAUAUUAAAUAUCCAUGUUGAAUUUGUGAUUAAUUGAUUGUGCUAUUUUAUAUUGAAAUGUAUAUUUUGAUAAACUCCGUCCAAUACAUUUUUGUAGAAAAAAAUUUAUCUACUUUUUAAAACGCUUUGCAUUAACAAUAUCUAUGACAGUAGAAUCUCGCUUAUGAUUAAGUAUUAAAAUAACAAAUAAUUAUAAAUAAUAAAUAAAACGUAACUAAUGUUAUUUGCGUAGUUCUUUCAUAUUUAACUAACAUUGUGCCAAUUUUUAUUGAAAUAAUUACAGAGAUACACUGUAUACAAUCUUUAAAAUACAUAUAUCUUAUUUUUCUAGAACAAAAAAAAAAAAUUACUAUCUGUUACCAAUAUGACUAUGAUAUCAAGAAUUAUCUUUUGUAAAAUAAGUUGCCUAUUUAGUAAUAGAAUGACAUAAAUUGGCGCCAUUUUUUUAUGUACUGUCAGUAGAUGUAUAUUUUUAAUUUAAGUCUGACAUGAACCUGCCAGUGCCUAUUGCUUUUAAUUUCUUGCUUAUAUUGUAGCUGUAAAUAAAAUAAAUGGAUUGUCUAUACCUAGCGAAGGAGGCAAAAGUUGCUUGCGUUGUUGCUUUUAGCGCAUGGUUUUUUAUUUUGCCUUGUUUGCUAUGUGAGUGUGGAUUUUGGAAAAGGGUUAAAGUCACGGUGAAGAUGUGAUGUGUAAAACGUGGAUAAUUUUACAUUUAAUUUGAAAAUAAAAGCUGAAUUUAAUUGUGUAAGCACCAAGCCAUAGCAUUAAAUAAUGCAAAAGAUUGUAAAACGAAGGUUUCAUUUUGAAAAAAUGGAACGUUGAGUUUUGGGGUGCUAAGGAUAGAUAAAAUAUAUUGAUUAUAAUAGAAUUAAACACAAAUGUAUUUACCUACCAAUUAAUUAGAUUACUUGAUGAAUUUAAUAAAUGUACUUACAUUCCAA